AAUCAGUGAUAAGAUAUGAGAAGUCCGUUCUAAGAAAAGAUACAAACAUUACACAAGCCGAGCAAUUGGUCAUUGAAAAUCAAAUCCAAGGCGCCAGCAAUGAUCGUCGCACUGAGUUUGGCCUGCCUGAUUCUGGGUGGCAUUUCGAAAGUGCUUUCGGUUCAAAUGUGCUGCAGCGCGAACUCGGUGCUAUUCAAAUACCACGGACCGGACAGUGCGGAAAUCUUCGAGUGCGCUUCGGCGGAAAGGAACCUCAAAGAGUUUCCGGAUCUAACCCAAGUGAUAGGCAAACUGAUAGCCCCCAGAGGCCUUGGGCUGGAGGCACCCAAUGAGUCAAGCCACCGCCUGAAGCUAUCGAAGUGCAGAAACCUCACGAGCCUGGGGCUAAGUGGUCUGAGUGAAAGUAGCUUGUAUCUGGGGAAUAACUCGUGCAUUGGGCUGCUAAACAGACGUCUCAUCGUUUUAUCUUGCGAAUUCGAAAAGAAUGUGCCGCCUCAAAGUGUUGGAUUUGUAAACAAGUGCUGCCCACAGGGAUUUAUUUACGCUUCCGAAAAUAAUACAUGCACACUUGGCGCAAACGAUUUCUUUGUUUACUCUUCUAUCAUCAGCAGCCCAAUUAUAUUUUUUGAUAACGCCCCAAACUGUUCGGCCGGCAGAGCCCUGGUGGAGUACACGGUGUCCUCGGAGAGGGUGCAGUUCAUAAACAACUCCCUGGUUUGGAGGGAUGGCUCCAAUAGUCUGCCAGCCGCCAAGUUUUGCAUCGAAGCCAUUUACGAAUCGUUUGCCUCGGAGAGAGGAAAGGUUUCGGAGCAAAAGUAUCUUGUUCGGGCAUGUCAAGAACCCAAAAUCUGCCAAAAGGUUCCGUGUAUUCGACGCUGCUGUGCCGAGGGUGAGAUGUAUGCGAAGAGAAAUACCAGCACCUACUGCAAGAAGGAUGGCGCCGAAAUGAGGUUCGAGGGGUUCCAGAACCUCAAUAUAAACGCCAAUUUCUCAAAACCAUCGGAUUUCGGACUGGUGCAUGGCCUGCAGUGUCAGAAGUUUCGUUUGGAUCCCGAUAACUUUCCAGAUGAUGCGCAUACCAUAAGUCCUUCUAAUGGAUCGCUGCUGAUACACAACACUUUGAAAAUGUACGCAAACAAUCAGUACUGCGUGGAGAGGGUCAGACCCCAUCAAAAGCUUUACACCUUUCUUUGUUUUGACACCAAGGUAGUGGGCAGCGACCGCAUUCGCUUCAAGAUGUAUCCCAUCGGUCUUCUCAUAUCUUGUUGCUUCUACGCACUCACCUUGAUUGUUUAUAUAUCAAUUGCCAAACUACGGAAUCUUCCUGGAAAAAUUCUUAUUUGCCUUGUAAGCAGCUUGUUUUCGGCCUAUCUGGGAAUUGCCCUGGGCCAGUUGAAGCCCACCUCGAAUGACGACAUCUGCUUCUUCUCUGGCUUUUUCGUGUACUUUUGUUUAAUGGCUGCGUUUUCCUGGAUGAAUAUCACUUCCUUUGACAUAUGGAAAACAUUCGGAUCAACAAAAAUUAAAAGCUGCGAAAAAAGUGACCUGAGAAGACAGUUUAUUUGGUAUUCUUGCUAUGGCUGGGGACUACCAACUCUGCUGACGACCAUCACCAUAGCAUUUACCAAAUCCGAUAUCCUACCUGAUGUGGUUAGACCCAAUUUCGGACACGGUCGUUGCUGGUUUACAUAUGAUUCUUUUGGAUCUGCAAGCCUAUUAUUCUUUUCGGGACCUGUGGGAAUUCUUUUCAUUUUCAACUUGGUCCUGUUCGUGCUUACCAUGAAAUAUUGCAACAAAGUGAAGAACGAAAUCUACAAGAUGCAGAGCCUAAACAGCGAAAAGCCAGUGCUGAAAAGGCGAUUCUUCCAGGACAAAACCAGAUUUGUUAUGAACACAAAACUGUGCUUUGUCAUGGGCAUUACAUGGCUCUUGGAGCUAGUGAGCAUUUUGUUUUACGAUCAUAAGACAACCUUUUUCUGGACCAUCAGCGAUUCGUUCAAUGUGCUACUGGGAAUAUUUGUUUUCAUCAUCUUUGUUUUCAAACGGAGAAUUUAUAAUGAGAUUUUGGUGAAGUUCGGAUUGCAGUCCAGCCCCAGCACUGCUUCGACUAGGAAUCGCCUGGGCUUGACGAAAUCAUAUGCCCCAACUAGCACAGCCAUGACAACGCUUCGAUCCUCUCCAGGCAGUUGCGAAGUGGCACGAAAAACAUCAGCGAAAUCCGAAAACGAAGUUAUGCUUUAGUUGGUAAACCUAAUUAUUAACUAUUUAUAAUUUAUAGAGCCUUAUGAAACUAGUCCCUCAGGUUAAACAUUAUUAAUAAUGUCUAAUUUAGCUGUGAACCGAAAUAUUAAGUUUAUAAGUAAUCUUUAUUUUGUUAUACUUCUUAUACAUUACAAUCAAUGUGGCGAAAACAUGACUCCAUUAAAUAUUUUUCUUUUCU